AUGGGUCGAAAUUCUCUUGCUGGAGUUCCAGAGCCAACUGCCGUCGGUGCUGAAGACGAAAGACCUGGGAAUGAAGAUAGCUCCAAUGAUAUGGAAAUGGAUGACGAACCGGUCUUGGAACAAAUAAUGGAAUUUGCUUCGGCCAAUCGAGAUGACAAUUCAGAUCAAUUGAAAGGAGACGAUGAACAGAUUGUUGAAGACUUUAAUUUUACUUAUAUGAGAAGGGGGAAAAACAAGCCAAGAUUACAGUGGGAAAUUUUGGAAGAAGAAAAUAGGACAUUGGUUGAUUCAUUUGAAAUGCAAAAUGAUGCUUCACAUGACAAUGAGGAGGACAUUGCAGAGACUGCCGAGGCACCACCCGAGAUGCUUGUACCCUUAUUGAGGUACCAAAAGGAGUGGCUAGGGUGGGCAUUGACGCAGGAGGAGUCUCCUUGUAGAGGGGGAAUUCUCGCCGAUGAAAUGGGGAUGGGGAAAACCAUCCAAGCCAUUGCUCUUGUCCUUGCCAAGCGCGCUAUAAACCGAUCAAAUGCCGGGACAAGCAGCUCCUCACCUACACUUGUCAUAUGCCCUUUGGCAGCCCUGAAACAGUGGGAAACUGAGAUCAUUCAGUGCAUGCCACCAGGAAGUGUAAAGGUGUUGGUGUACCAUGGAGCAAGGAAAAGAGUGACGGGUCAGGACUUCUCGGGGUAUGAUUUUGUCUUGACCACAUAUUCAACCGUGGAGGCAGAGUGCAGAUGCCGUGUACUACUUCCCAACAAAGUCUGUGAUUUUUGUGGGAAGGAGUUGGAUAGAGAAAAUAUGAACUUCCAUGGUAGGAUUCUCUGUCAGAAAAGCUACCAAGGCACUAGGCACCCCCGUGAGAUGCAUGAUAAUGGUGCUGGUAGAAAUACGAGGGAUAGGAGCAGUAGGAAGAAGCAAGAUAAAGCCAGGACUGGUUCUUCCAAGCUGAAUCCAGAUGAUGCCAAACCCUAUGAACCUGAGAGAAAACUUUUUCUCGGUUCAGUUAGAUGGGAACGCAUAAUUUUGGAUGAGGCUCAUGCCAUAAAGAGCAGGAACAACAGUACAACCAAAGCCAUUUUGGCUUUGAAAUCAAAAUAUAAAUGGGCUCUAACUGGCACUCCACUUCAGAAUAGUAUGGAAGAAAUUUAUUCACUGAUUCGCUUUCUGCAAGUAUAUCCAUAUGCAUACUUCUUUUGUUGGUGGUGUGAUUGUAAAUCCCUUGAUUAUGUUCACUCGGCAAGUUGUCCUUGUAUCCAUGGGAGGCAUUUUUGUUGGUGGAACAAGUAUGUUAGUAGACCGCUACAAAUGGAAAAUCAUCAGAACAGUAGACGUGCGAGGAUUUUGUUGACGCAAAAAGUUUUGAAGAGCAUAAUGCUAAGACGCACCAAAAAAAGUAUAGCGGUUGAUCUUGGCCUCCCUCUCAAAACUGUUACACUUCGGCGGGAUGCAUUAGAUAUCACAGAAGAAGAUUACUACCAGACAUUAUACAAAGAAUGUCAAUUAGAAUUCAACAGGUAUGUUGAAGAUGGCACCCUGAUGAACUAUUAUGUUCAUAUAUUGGAACUUAUUACUCGAUUGCGACAGGCUCUAGAUCAUCCAUACCUUGUGGUUCAUUCAAAAUCUGGUGAAGCUCUAUGUGACAUUUGCAAAUGGGUGGCAAAAGAUCUUGUGGUUACCUCUUGUGGACAUACCUUUUGUAAGGCUUGUUUGGAAGAUUUUACUAAAAUCUUGGGAAAAUCUUUGUGCCCCACAUGUUCACUCCCAUUUACACCAAGGAAGAUUUGUGGUGGUCUAUUUGCAGAAGCAAUGGGCUUUAAAACUUCAAGCAUCUUAGGAAGAAUUUCUCUAGGAAAUUUUCCAACAAGCACCAAAAUAGAAGCUCUGAAGGAGGAAAUCAGGUUCAUGGUUGAAAUGGAUGGUUCUGCAAAAGGCAUUGUUUUCAGCCAGUUUACAUCCUUCUUGGAUUUGAUAAGCUACUCCCUCCAUCAGUCUGGAAUCAAUUGUGUUCAACUAGUUGGUAAAAUGACUGCUACUGCAAAAGACGCUGCGGUAAAAAGGUUCAACGAGGACCCAGAUUGCAAGAUCUUUCUUACAAGCUUGAAAUCUGGAGGUGCUGCACUCAAUCUCCCAGUUGCAUCAUAUGUUUUCUUAAUGGAACCUUGGUGGAACCCUUUUGUUGAGCAGCAGGCAUAUGACCGAAUUCAUCGGAUUGGUCAAUAUAAACCGGUUAGAGUCAUAAAGUUUAUAAUAGAGAACACUAUUGAGGAGAGGAUUUUGGAGCUCCAAGAAAAGAAAGAAAGCUUAUCAGAAGGGGCAUUAGGUUCUACAGACAUGCUGGGGAAUUUAUCAACUGAAGACCUGAGAGAUUUAUUCAUCUAGACCAGAGUUUUGCUAUAUAUUGAUGGUAUUUUUUUUUUCCUAUUGGAAAGAAUAUGUAGGAAAAUGUGCCAAUGUAAAAACUUCAAUGUUCAUCUGCAUAUAUUGUGAAUUAAAAUAGAUACAAAUUAAUGUUG